GAUUUUCAAUUCUUCAACAGAAAGGAUGGCAACUCAGAACGCUGAAAAGGCAACUCACAAUAAGAAUUUCGCUUCGGAGCUUGACGAGACGACCGGUGUUUUUGUGGUGCAGAAACAAGAGCGCUCUUAUAGUGAUGACGACUCUAGCCUCUCUGGGCGAGGACAGUUGAAGACUACAGCAGACGGAAAGACCGUUCUCAUACCUCAGCCAUCUGACGACCCUCGUGAUCCACUCAAUUGGAGCUGGCUUAAGAAACAUGCCGUAUUCUUCUCACUGCUUCCUGGAUGUUUCCUCACAGAUUGGGUCAUCACUUACGGAACUACUAUGUUCGUACAACAAGUCCCAUCUUUCCACAAGAGUCCGAAGUCAAUCUCCAAUUCAAUCUCUGGCGCCAUAUUCAUGCAAGGACCUGGCGGUCUCCUAGCCGUUCCUCUUGCUCAGCGAUAUGGUCGCCUGCCCGUGCUCUUCUGGUCACAGCUCCUAACCUUCAUCGUCACUAUCGGAGCCGCGGGCGCUGGCAAUUAUGCAGGUUUCACUGCGUGCAGAACGCUUCAGGGAUUUUUUGCAGCAUCGCCUCAGGUAAUUGGGCUAUCCAUGAUUCACGACAUGUUCUACUUCCACGAGCGCGCCAGAAAGGUCAACAUUUGGGCUUUCUGUUUCCUUCUCGGACCAUACAUGGGACCAUUCAUUUCGCAGUGGAUCGCAAUGAAACUUAGUUGGCGUGAGAACUUUUAUGUUCUGGCAGGGUUAUUUGGCUUCUCUGUCAUCUGCGUCAUUUUGCUUGGUGAUGAGACUUUGUACGAUCGAGAAAAGACGAAGUGCGAGACAGCCAGGCACCCAGUCGUUGAGCGCUUAUAUCGUUUGACGGGCAUAGCUGGUGUACGCGACUGUGAAGGUCGACCUGGCCUUUGGGAAGUAACCCAGGACCUGUUCAGCUUGCUGCUGCGUCCAUACCUCCUCCUUCCCACCUUCGGCUUUGUUACCUGGAUCACCAUGUGGACGAUUGGCAUUGUCUCUACAAUCACCCUCUUCACAAAGCCUCCACCACAAGCCACUCCUCCAGGCUAUGGUUUCAGCGAAACCGCUAGUGCAUUGAUCUACAUCGCGCCGAUGGUUGGCACUGUCAUGGCAGAAUUCUGGGGCCAUUGGUUCAACGAUUUUCUACAAAAUCGUUACAUCAAGAAGCAUGGUGGCCAAUACAAGCCCGAGAAUCGCCUCUGGGGUGUGUAUCCGGCUUGGAUCAUCGGCGUGGCUGGUCUUGUCACCUUCGGCGAGACUCUGCAGCACCACAAGCACUGGAUUGGUCUCGCAUUUGGCUGGGGAAUGAAUUGUUUCUCGACAUUGGGUACAACCACUGCGAUCUCCGCAUACAUUCUUGACGUUUUGCCUCAGCACGCUGCUCUUGCAAGUGCCUGGAUCAACGCUUUUAGAACGAUUGGAGGAUUUUGCGUCACAUAUUUCCAGUCCGACUGGGCGGCAAAGAACGGCCCCGCAGUGACAUUUGGUUGUCAGGCUGCCAUAGUCGCCUUUUUCAUCUUGUCCAUCAUCGCUACGCAAGUCAAGGGCGCAAGCUGGCGUAUCAAAUUUCCAGCACCUCAAACGAGUCGCACGUAUUGAGAGUAAUCUUCACUUCUUUAAUGGAGUAUAAAUCGUGAUUGAACUACUGAAAAGUAGAUUCAACGGGCUUGCGGCUCUUUUAG